ACAUGACGUUUUCACACAAAUUAAGGCAAAUUGCUACAAAGUCAUUUCUAUCCUUUUCAGUAAUUGACCAUCAUCUAACGUAACACAUUAUUCCAUAUUGAAACUCGAGUUUGUUGACUAGAAAUAAUAACAUGAGGGUAAAUAACGCUAUAUCUUAUCAUAUUAUGCAUAGUUUUUUGAAAACGUCAAAUAUAAUGAGAUAAAAAAAAGAGUCUAAAACGUCAUGUAAAAGAAUACGGAGGGAGUAUUAUUUUAAUAUGAUUCGGAUAUGGUAUACUAAAAGUUUUGUUUGAUAGUGUUAAAAAUCCGUUUAAUUUAAAAUUAUGACAUAUGUAAAAAAAAUAUGUAUGUUUUAAGUUUUAACCAACAUAAUUAUUUGGUUAAAUUAUAUGUGAUUUAAAAUGUAUAUAUCAAAUAAAAUUGACAGGGGGUAAAAGAAAAAAAUAAAAGAAAAUAAAAAGAUGAAAGAUGGAUUGAUGAUCUAAUGGCUGAGAGUGAUCAAGGAUCAACAAUGUAAUAUUAUAUAAAAUAUACAGAAUAUUGUAGCAUGCCUUUUGUUAUGUGUAUAGAUUUAAAUUUCUUUUUCCUAUGUAUACGUGUCCCAAUUUCUCUAAAAAAUUAAGUUAAAAAAAAACCGAGAUUGUCAAUAAUUAGUACCGUGAACAAUAUGCAUUUCAUUCUAUGCAUUCCAAAGAACAUUCGGUCAAAAACUUUCUAGUAGAAAAUAAGAAGAUAAAACAUUCACUAAUACAGGUGUCGGAUUAUCAUUGUCACGUGGUGUCUGAAUGUAGUCAUUCGAGCACGUGGAUUAUUAGUAAUAAAUAUGUAGCUAUCGACGACCAUAAAUUGUUCCAUGGACGACUCAUAGCAAUAUAGCAUAAAGCUAUUAAUAUCACUAAAAUGUGGAAAAUACAGAACUAAUUAUGUAAUAAGUGGACACGUCAGAGAAAGUGGAGAGUUGAAAAACAGAGAGUGUCGAGGGAGAGGAAGUCAAGUAGUGGACGGAAACUUGGAAUAUGGGAAACAGCUUAGCCGCCUACGUGGACCCCAUAUUCUUGUCUUUAUUUUAUUUUUGCUUUUCAUUAUCGAGAGUUCGCUACAAUCGACUUUUAUUUACACACGAUUCGUGUUUAGUCGGCCCACCAAAGACCCCGAAAUUAGGCCCAUUGUUACAUAUGUCCACAAAAUUCGAAGGAUGCGAGGAAUGUACUGCUUAGGGGGUUACAUUGGUUCAAACAGCAAGAUUUGAAAGCACUAUGCUAGAGAUUAAUAACAAAGUUUGAAUCAAAGAUAGCGUCAUAGAUACUCGGAUGCAUCGGAAUAACAUUCGAGAUAAAACUGUUAGACAAUCUAGUUACCUUGCAUUGUGACUUAAGAACAUUCUAUACCAUCACGACUUCACUUAAACCAGGCCUCUUCUCUUGUUUAACUAAUUUACUCUUACGUCUUCGUGUAUUUGCCAUCAUGGACUGAUAAGACCUGAAAAAGUUUCCAACGUUCAGUUUUUUGUUUUUGCUAGAAUCACGGACUAAUAAUACAUUAAGGUCAUGAUUACCAAACUUCCGCAGUUUUCUUUUCCUUUUUCUGACAAGUAAACCAGUAACCUUUUUUUUUUUUUUUGUCACGGAAGUAAACCAGUAACCUGAUUUCAAGAAUGAGAACACACCAAUAUCGACUAGUGCUUAUAUUAUUCGGAGAACCAUUGCAAUUAACGUGGUUGUUAAUAUAAUAGGAGUAGUAGAUAGAUUUUAGAAAUUAGAAAUAAAUAAUCGCAGGAGUACCUUUUCACGUUAACUAUGAUCACAAUUCACAAUGUCUUUUGGUCUUUUUCUUUCAUAAUGUUGUCUCAAAGCUCUUGGUCUUACUUAAAUUUUUUUCUGGUCAGCAACUCUUGGUCUUACUUAUAUAAUAAAAUUAUAGAUCUUCUAUAAUUAAAGUAAAGCACAUACCAAAUUUUCCACAUGACAUGCCUUUAUUCGAAAGUCCAUUUGAAGGCCCACGUCAUGGAGCUUAUGCUUCAACGUCUCAAUGAUGAUGUCAUCAUCAAUCUCCACCAUCCAUUUAAUUUGGCGGUUGACGAUAUCGACCGCUCAAAGUCCACACCGACGUCCUAUAAGAAGGGUAUCCUCAUAAUAAACCAAAAUAAAUAUCAGCAACAGUUUUAUUUUAGUUUCUUGUAGCUUUUUUUUUUUUGAUCAACUAGUUUCUUGUAGCUAACAUGAGCUCGGAAAAGAAAGUGGAACGCCGUGAAGAAGAUAACGGUGACGGUCACAUAGGGAAGUCGUCAAUGGAAGUUGUACGUACGGUGACGGAAGAAGAGGUGGAUGAGUUUUUCAAAAUAUUACGGAGAGUACACGUGGCGAUCAGGACGGUUACGAGAGCUAACGGCGGUAUUGUUGAAAGAGAGUUAACGUCUAAGAAGAGGAAACGGAGUCAGAGGCUUGGAUUGAGGAGCUCAUUGGAUAGUAACGGCGUUCGAGACGGAGAAUUAGAUGGAAUAGAUCGGGUCGGGUUACGGAACUCGGGUUUGGAUCUUAACUGUAAACCGGAACCUGACGCAGUUAGCUUGUAAUCUUUCUUCAUAUUUUUUCCUACUUCUUUCAAUUAUCAAAUUUUAAUAUACCUAAAUAAAUUUUUUUUGAAAUGGUUUUAUAAGGUAGUUUGAACGUUCAUAAAAGUUCUACACUGAGUUAAAAUGCUAUCCAAAUUGAAAUUCUGCAGUUUGAACGUUCAUAAAAGUUCUACAAUGAGUUAUGUAGCUCAUAUAAUGAUGAAUCAUAGACUCAAUUAUAUGAACAGUGAACACACAGAUAGUAUACAAUGAUGGUAUAAUAAUGCUUCCUUCCUUAAUCAAAUCAAUAUAACAAUACUAAUUAAUAAUAUCUUUAAGAACUUUGGGAUUGGCUUUUGGUAAUGAGCAUAAAUCAUAAAGUGCUGCCAACCAAGAAGUCUUUGUUUGUAAUAAAAUUGCGACAUUGUGGCCCAUUUAUGCGCUAUUAAUUAAUUAUGAGUAUUGACUAUUGAGUAGUCUAUUAAACACCGAUUAUAUUAUUUAGGAUAUGGAUUAGUGAUUGAUAUUUUUACAAGGCAUUUGAUUUCCUCUUUUUUUCUUAUGCAAAAUGGCAUUUGAUUUAGUGUUUGUUCUUCAUCAUAUAUAAAUGUUCUGCUCUCUCGCAGAUACUGGGCCUUAUGAAAAAAUAGCCUAAUGAGAUAAUCGGCCUAGUUGAUAUGCUCUAAAGUCCACUAUCAGAUCCAAAAACAAAAUAACUAAAAAGGGGAAAACUCAGCUCGUAAAAUGAUUUUAUCGGUUUAAUGUCAGGGAUAAUUGACAUGAAUACAUUAGCUAACGUGUUACUACAGGCGAGUUAAAAAAAAAAAGACAAACCACGUAACGUUAAAUGGUUGUUUUCUUAACUUGUAUGUUGGUAGUUUUAAGUGUUGAAAUCGAUCAUACAAAAUCCAACCAGUUUGGUGGGUGAAGACUGAAGUCAUGCAGAAAAGACAGAACGUUGGAUAGCAUGACCGAUGGAUGGUCGGGUGGCCUAAGCGAGUCAAACACUUGAUUCAGAUAAUGUACCUCAUCAUUUUCAGUAAAGAUCCAUGAGUAAACUCUAUGGGAACAUGCACUCACGAGUUAUUACUUUCACUGACACUCGACCAAAACAUAUUUAUUGAAUGGUUUACAUUUUGAAAUAGAAUCAUAAGUUUAAAUAUAUUUCUAUUGUCGAAUUAAAAAAAUUAUGCAUUAAAAAGUUUUAUCCCGAAUACAUAUAUGUCAUGAAUCCUUUGAUGCCAGGGAUUGGGCUAUCGGGACUGUCUGGCUAUCAGCUGCUAUGCUUCUAAUCAUUCAUAUAUCUCAUAGUAUGGUCACACUUCUACAUAUCAAGAGUCUAAAGCUAUAUAACAUAUUUUGGGGACAAAAGCCUAAUGUUUACUGAUAUUCUUGGCCUCAAGCCAUUAAGAUUUUAAAAGAAGAAUAUAUAAGCAAGAAGUAUUAACGCAUAAACUAUACAGAUAAGAAAUGUGAAAUUUAUCCCAAACAACACUCAAUCAGUUUAUAAGAAACCUCACAUACACAAUCAAUAUUUGCUGAUGUUAUUCAAGUUUAAUUUUAUUGUAAUAUAUUUUCUAAUAACGUUUUGAUAGCUUGAUAUAUAUAUUAAUAAAGGAUAAUUCUUAUGCAUAAUUGUAUGGGAUCUUGUAGUUAGUUGUAAGCAAACGGAUGAAAUUGGACUGGAGUUUGGCAGAAGAGGAAAAUGAGCUCUUGAUGCAAGAUGUAAUCACAAUCAUCCAUUUGACGUGCUAUUUCGUUUUUCCUUCCCAUCUCCUGUAAUGACAUUAAAGUUAAUUGAAAAGUCAAAAGUUGAUAUAGAUUUAUUAUAUGAUAAAAUCAAAUUAAUGAAUACAUUGAUUUUAUAUGUUCGGUUGGUUGAUCCGGUCAAUCUUAAUUAGGAGACAUUUAAUAUUACAAAAGGAAGUUAGUCCGAAUAUGUUUUCACUCUGUGUAGCCAAGUUUAGAAUGUCUUUCGACUACUGUCAAAAAUAAACUAAUUGUCUAUUACGAUUCAAUAUAUAAACCUCUUCGACCGAAGUUCAAGUGCAGUAACUAAGUAUCAAUAACUUAGCUCACUGCUAAAAUCAAACUCAAAACUAACUAAAUACACACGGAACUCCAAAAAAUAAUCGCUAAACUACCACUGUUCGAUUAAAAUAUUACUUUCAAUUUUAACAUGUUUUCCAUUUUUUUAUACACAUAUUCUCAAAUUUUCUAUAUUUUUGUAACACAAACAAUAAAAAUAGUUGGAAGGCUAAUCAUUUGUAAUAGUUUGGAGUCGAAGAUCGAUACUAAUAAUCAUAUCUUAUCUUUGCAAAUACUUUAUCUGUAUAUAAACUAUAAUAUUAAACAGCAUUUCAGUCCAAAAAUUACCCGACAAUGAAAAACAACUACAAACAUGCCAGUAAGAUCAAACGAAAAUUGUAUUCCAGCGAGCGAAAAUUAAAAAAAAAUUACAUUGUAAAAUAUUUGUAAAUAAAUGUGAAACAAUUUAAUGAUGUGCUAUAAACGUGAUAGAGUCUGGAUUGUAGUGGUAAGCAGAUCGGAAAACUAAACAACUCAAACUCAAAACGAAAGUUUGUUUGUAGACUAUAUUUCCGUUAAAAAUUAGUAUGUACAUUUCUAUAAGUCCGUGAUACCUUUAAAUUAAUAUUUUUAAAUGUAAUAGCCGUAUGUAAGAGUAUUUUCAACUCACUUGUAUAUUUACCUUUAUAAUACUCUUUUUCGUUUUACUAUAAAUCAUAUUUUAGAUAAUUUUUUAUUUCACAAUAUAUGUUAUUUGUACAAAUCUAGAUAAUUUUAAUUUUAUCAAAAAUUAUGUAACCAAUUGUAUCUUUAUUAUUUCUAUUUAUAGUUAAAUUAAUUAAUUUUAAAUUAUAUUUUAUUGAUAGUUUUGAUAAAAAGCAGUAUUUUUAAUAUUUGCAUAUUGAGUUGAAACCUCACGUAAUAUGAAAUAGAGAAACUAUCAUUUAGAAGUAAAACCAUUCCAAUCCAUCUAAACAACGUCUAUUUAUUAUAUAUUUAGAGAUUAAUAUUUCAUAAAAAUACAUUGAAUUAAAAUUUACACAUAUCAUAGAAUUAUUCUAUUUUGAAAAAAAAAAGCAAAAUAUAUUAGAAAUGUUCGUGGCCUUGGUCGGACUAGGGAAUUUUCCUUUGAGUGAACUAGCAAUUACUUUUUGUUUUUAACAAAACCGAUCCUCGUAUAAUUAUUUUUAUUUAUUUUCACUGAUAUUCAUUAAUUUUAUUUAAUCUUAGCAAAAAAACAUUGAAUAAAAAUUACCUAAAACAUUAGAUAAAGUCGUUUACCAAAAAAUAUAUUAGAUAAAAUGGUGUAAGUGGUCAAAGUGUUCAAUUUGAUUCGAAAUUAAUUGAAAAAGUUCAUUUCAAGAGAAUAUCUUAAAAUUAUACUACAUCAGAAAAUACGACAUAAAGAAAUAUAUGGACACAAAAAUCAAAUGAGUAUAUGCUCGUCAACCGGAAUUAGAUGCAGUUGAGCGCAUUUUGUCGUGGCAUAUGAUGAAUAAACAAAAAAAAAGUUAGGAAAUGCAUUUUUCACACAGUCGCACAAAGGCCAAAGCAUUACAGUAUUACACUAAUCACCCCAACGCGUGUAAUAUAAAAAGCGUUUGGAAUGCAACAAACAUGAUAUGAUAUGUAAUGGAAACCUAAUCUAAAUUUUAAUCGAGAGAUAUGCUGAAAAAGAGAGAAACAGAUGAAUAAAUAUGUUAUCUUUUGGAAUUUCUGAUGGAGAAAGAUAGAAAUGGGCCACCAUUUCUACACAUUUGUUCUUCACUUUUCCAUAUUUGACACUUCUUUUUUCAAAGAAAAGCAUCCCCUGAAAAAUACUUAAUUAUCUCACAUGAAAUCGUCACGCAAGAUAGUUUAUUUUCCUUAUUACUUAACGUUUGUUUAUUUAGGUUUUGAAUUAACCUUUUCAGUGUAAAUCGAAGAACGAAUUUUACAUUCCAAUAAACUCAUACAUACACAUACAAAUAAUAUCUAACAACAACCACAGGGUGGUGGGCUAGUGGUCUUGAGGUAGUUAACACACCAAUACGGACCCGGGUUCGAAUACCCCCUGUGGCCACGGAAUGCUUUACGCCCUCCCCAAGUUUAAAGUUAUCGCGGCGUUGGUGCCGGGUCCUUGGGUAAUGGGUAUUAGUGCCGGCUGGUUCCGGGCCAGGGGGAUUAGAUGGUUGGCAAUCGGAAACCAUGUGCGGAUUACGGGCCUUUGGGCAAACGGAAACCACGUGCGGAUUACGGGUCACCUUUGAACCUCCUGUUAAAAAAAAAAAAAAAAAAAAAAAAAAAAAAAAAAA